AUGACUGGUGCUGCCACGGUGGAGGAACAACUAGCAACUAUUUCUCGUGCUAUUGAGAAUCUCACAAAGACUGUUGAAGAAAAGGACUUACAAAUCGCUACGCUGAUGAACAAAUUAGAAGUUCAGACCUUCGGUGAAUCACCAGUACAAUCUGGGCAUCCUACAUCUUCCACAGCACCGCCAACUGGGAAUCGUACAACUUUAACACCACCACUGUCUGGGAAUCCUACAUCUUCCACAGUAAUGCCGACGGAGAAUCCUAAUUCUACCACACAAGGUACUCGCAUGGUGGACCCUAAACAGACGCCGGUGACAGAACAGGCGGCUAGUGAAAACCAGACGCCGGUGACAGAACAGUACCGAUUGUCAGAAAUCUCUGCUGUGGAGAUGUGUAUGCGGGGAAUGUAUUGGGGCCUUCUUUACAUUCUGCAAGGCAUAAAACCUCGCACAUUUGAAGAAUUGGCUAUGCGUGCCCAUGACAUUGAGAUCAGUAUGAAAUCCCAUGAAGGCAAAAGUCCCGUGGCCACAGUACCAAGCAAGGAUAAAAAAGACUGGAAGAAGGGCGAUAAGUCGUCAAAGACCGCUGCUAAAGAUUCCAUGGCUAUCUCAACCACCCCAAUCAAGAUAUCUGUUACAGAUGAUAAGAAGGAUAAUAAAAAGCCUCACUAG